GGGUCAAGCCACAGCCAUCCCAAAAUAUUCCCAGCAAGAAAGACAGGACGUUUGGAUACAAUUUACACUUGGUUACUUCUGUCUGGAUUACAACACUGCUGACUGCAUUAAGAAUAUCCAAACAAUUACUUUUAUUUUCACAACUGAAUUUCCAAAUUGUGGAGGAGCGAUUUUACUGAAAUCUACAGGAACCAAGUAAAAUGAAUUACUUGUUUGUCAUGACAUUUCUUCUGUGCACGUAUUGUUGUGGAGGUAUCCAUUGGCUUGGGCUCACGGUAAAUGGGAGCUCAGUGGGCUGGAACCAAACCCAUCACUGCAAACUGUUAGAAGGUCUGGUUCCUGAUCAGUUCCAACUUUGCCGGAGAAAUCUGGAGCUGAUGCACAGUAUUGUUCAAGCGGCCAAACUCACCAAAGUGACGUGCCAGAAUACUUUCACGGACAUGAGAUGGAAUUGUUCAUCGAUUGAGAAUGCACCGCAUUUCACGCCGGAUUUGGCGAAAGGUACACGAGAAUCUGCAUUUGUGUUCUCGCUGGCUGCCGCUGUUGUCAGCCAUUCUAUUGCGAGAGCGUGUGCGUCUGGCGAGCUCCCCAGCUGUUCUUGCGCGCCUGCACCGGCUGAGCAGGCGGGGCCAGACUUCAGGUGGGGCGGAUGCGGUGACAACCUUCGCUACGGUCUUCAAAUGGGCUCCGCUUUUUCUGAUGCACCUAUGAAAAACAGUAGAUCUGGCUCGCAGGCAUUCAGACUGAUGCACCUACACAACAAUGCUGUUGGGCGACAGUCACUCAUCGACGCUAUGCAAACCAAGUGCAAGUGUCACGGAGUAUCGGGAUCUUGUUCAGUCAAGACAUGCUGGAAAGGACUACAUGAUAUUAAUCAUAUUGCGACAGACCUGAAGUCCAAGUAUUUGGCUGCAACCAAAGUGAUACACCGCCACGUGGGGACCCGUAGGCAACUGGUUCCCAGAGAGCUGGAUGUCAGACCUGUGAGAGACAGCGAGCUGGUCUACCUGGUCAGCUCCCCUGACUACUGUGCACAUAAUGAUAAGCAUGGAUCAUUUGGAACACAGGACAGACAGUGCAAUAAAACAUCCAAUGGCAGUGACAGCUGCAGUCUGAUGUGCUGUGGGCGUGGCUACAAUGCAUACACUGAGAGGAUAGUGGAGAGAUGCCAGUGUAAAUACCACUGGUGCUGCUACGUCACCUGCAAGAAGUGCGAAAGGAUCGUGGAGAGAUAUGUGUGCAAAUAAUAUCCUCCAAGGGUAGUGGGACUGAAGACAAAGCACUAUACUUGCUCACCACAUUUGCUUUAUUUCUACAUCAAGUGGAGGAAGACAACUUCCACAGUUCCCA